AACCACAGAAGAAGAAGGAGGAGGAGGACUGCUCAGCCAUUCAAGUUUCUCGUUGUGAGGAGUAGCGGAAGACCUGUGUGGUUUGGCAAGAUCCUAACUGAACGGGCCCGGCUACAGGAAGGCGACCCAGCGAAUGAAACAUGGAGUGUAUUCCAAUCACUAUUGAUGAUCUUGAGGGCAAAAAGGACCCAGUCGUAGAGGACCCAGAGCACAAUGUGUACACCAGGUUUAUGAAGUCCCACCGAUGUUAUGACCUCGUACCUACCAGCUCCAAACUGGUUGUGUUUGAUACGUCACUUCAGGUCAAGAAGGCGUUUUUUGCUCUUGUCUCUAAUGGGGUUAGAGCAGCGCCUCUGUGGGACAGCAAAAAGCAGUGUUUUGUUGGUAAGGGCAAUUUUCAUUCGGCACACUUUCACUCUUUGUAUGACAAAAUAAAUAAAAGACAGACUUUAUUCUCCUCAUGCAUCUCCGCAGGUAUGCUGACCAUCACAGACUUUAUUAAUAUUCUACAUCGCUACUACAAAUCUCCAUUGGUACAGAUAUACGAAUUGGAAGAACACAAAAUUGAAACAUGGAGAGAGUUGUACCUUCAAGACUCUUUUAAGCCCUUGGUUAGCAUAUCUCCAAAUGCGAGUUUGUAUGAUGCAGUAUCAUCUCUGCUGAAGAAUAAGAUCCACAGACUGCCUGUAAUCGACCCCCUGACAGGAAACACACUCUACAUUCUCACACACAAGAGGAUUCUCAAGUUCCUGAAGCUUUUUAUAUCAGAGAUGCCAAAACCCUCGUUCUUGAAACAAACCUUAGAGGACCUGAACAUCGGAACUUUCCAGAACAUAGCAGUGGUCCGCACAGACACACCGCUCUACACGGCGCUGGGUAUUUUUGUUGAGCAGCGAGUGUCGGCACUCCCCGUUGUUGAUGACAAAGGUCGAGUAGUGGAUAUAUACUCCAAAUUUGAUGUCAUAAACCUGGCAGCAGAGAAGACGUACAACAACCUGGAUGUGACGGUGACCAAAGCACUGCAGCACCGCUCGCAGUACUUUGAAGGAGUGCUGACCUGCCACAGGCACGAGACCCUGGAGGCAAUCAUCAACAGACUGGUGGAGGCCGAGGUGCACAGGCUGGUGGUGGUAGACGAGCAGGAGGUGGUGAAGGGAAUUGUCUCCCUUUCAGAUAUUCUCCAGGCACUAGUGUUGACUGAUGGAGAAGAGGGCACAGCUUGAGGAAGUAACCCUGAUGAGGAAAACGCUUCACAGUUUAAAGAGCAAAUGGAGGAAGAACAGGCACGUAAGAGGGUCAUUUUGACAGUAAAUUGAAGUAUCCUCACCCAUCUCCUGUAAUCAGACUUCCUACAUUCACACAUGAAGACUUCUCCCUCCCUGCAGAUAUAUGAAGCUUUAGCAACGCAGCAAUACAAAAUUGUAGUAGCACAGACAUACAGGUGCUCUUGUAAAUUGAGCCAAGUUCCAAGCUACAAGAGACGGAGCCCAGAGAACUCUGAAGAGGAGAUGCAGCCUCUCAGGAUGACCAGGCAUCAUUCACACUUCUGUGCUUGUUGAUUAAUGUACGGUAGAGGAGGACCAUUGAUUAUGGCUCGAUCACAAAUGUUUUCCCCAAAGUGUAAAUUUUAGAUUUACCUGUGUUGCCUUUUGUUGGCAGCAUUUUAUUUUGAUAAAAAGGCUGUAAUCUAGAUGCACAUAACGCCUAUGUAAUUGUCAUUUUAAACGCUGUCUAACUGGUGUGAGUUGUUGGUCUUACAUUUGCUUGAGACCCGUUCUUUGUACAUGUAAAUAGUUUGACGUUUUCCGGCUUAAAGUGGUAUCCAGCUAGUCUGAUUAUUUGAAUGCAGGUGGGGGAUUAAUUUCUUAAUUGUUUAACUUCUGUUCUCAUAUGGUUACAGAGGUAUUUAUCUGUAUGUAACCGUCUUACAUACUGUUCAUACACAGUACACACAUACAAAAAUUAGCUUCAUGCUACUUUAAAAGAAUGAAUAUCAUAAAAAUUAUCUAGCCAAAUUAAUCGUUCUAACACAAGACCCUCUAGACCUCGGAGAUGGCCAGAAGUUUGCACUGGUCAGUUUAGAUCUCAAAUUAAAAUGCCUGAUCAUGGUCUCAGUAAAUUUAUAAUAAGCCAGGGCUUUUGUAGGUUUCAGCUUCAGGACCUAUUUUUUUCUUUUAUAAAAGGAAAAGCUGAAAAAAAUUAAGGCAGUAAGAAAAUUGGUUUAUGUAAAUGUGUCAACUAUCAAAUCAAGUUACUACAGUUACCAGUGUGCAAAGAAUUCAAGGGCUCAGAUUUUAAUCUGACAACAAAGUAGCAAACCUGGAAAAGCACUUAAGGCUCUCGUGACAACGGUCCACUAACAGCGACAAUGAAUCUGCUGUUAGUUUGCUGUUAAUUGUGCUGUAUCCUGUCUAAAUGCACAAGCUCUGGAUAUUUAUGGGUUUUAUGUUUUGCUAUUUUGUCUGUGUUGUCAAGUAUAACACAUGUUUAAUGUAUUGUAAAUUUCCCUUUUUAAAUAGAUUUAUUUUUCUGGCUGUUUUGUUUCUCACAUUUUGGUUCUUGGCAUUAUUGGCGUUAAAGGGACUCGCCUAUUGCUUCAAUGUUGCAAAUCAGUUUUUGGAAGAGUGGUCAAAAAUUUGAAAAAUAAUAGCCAAAUCAACAUUUUUUGAGGCAUUGCUUGUUUUGUGAUUUCUACCUUUUUGCUGGGUUAUGUUGAUGUCCUUUACAGUCAGUAAUGAACAUCAAGUGCAUUUAUUCGACAGUUUCUGUUCAUUGUGUUUAGGGGACCCAAUCAAAAUCACUCAAUACCAGCAUUUCCUUUCCAUUUUCAUAAAGAGGAUGGGCUAUGGACAUGUUAAACUUCUUGUUUGGUAUAUAUCAAAUGUAAGGUGUACAACUGUAUUUAAAUGCAUUUUUUGUAGUUAUCUGCAUUGAGAUUAUAAUGGAAAGGAUGAGCAAUAAAGUU